AUGGGCUCAAACGUGGCUACCAGUGUCGGGGACGAGCCACCUACGAAAGCGAGUUGGUUCGACAACUGGCGUUGGUAUGAGCGCAACACUUCGAGAGAAGAGAAGAGACUGUUACGGAAGCUUAAUGCAUAUGUCAGUGGGAUGAAGGAAGAUAUCGGCAUGGAAGGCAACGACCUUCAGUACACUACUGGAGUGUUCCAAGCUGGAUACUGUGCCGCCAUGAUCCCUUCCAACAUCAUCCUAACCCGUGUUCGGCCCAACGUUUUGAUUCCAAUCUUCGAGAUUCUUUGGGGCAUCCUGACGCUCCUGACCGCAUACGCCAAGGACGUCAAGCAUAUCUACAUCAUCCGUUUUUUCAGCGGUAUUUUCGAGUGUGUCGCAUACCCAGGCGUCAUCUACUGCAUCGGAUGUUGGUACAAGAGGACGGAGAUCUCCCGCCGUCUGAGUUUGUUCUACAUUGCUGGCCCCUUGGGAACGAUGUUUGCCGGUUACUUCCAAACAGCUUGCUACACCAACCUCAACGGCGUCAACGGCCUGGCUGGAUGGCGUUGGCUCUUUAUUGUCUGCGGGUGUAUCACCUUGCCCGUAGCUUUCCUUGGCGCCGCCGUCUUUCCAGCUCGCCCAGACUCGAAGAACCCAUCAUGGCUAUUGACAGCAGACCAAAUUGCUCUGGCUCGUCGUCGUGUGUCCGAGGGAGGCUCCGAGGCUCCGAAGGUCAAGUUCGAUCGCAGAGCAAUCACCGACGUCUUCAAAGGUUGGCAUUGGUACGCCUUCGUUGCUCUGUACUUUGUUUUCAACCAGGCAAUGAUCACCAACGGCCAGCCCUUCAACCUGUACCUCAAGGCCCACAGCGACCGCUACUCCAUCAGUCAGAUCAACAACCUGCCCACCGGCCAGUCUGCCCUCUCCAUCGUCGCUGCGCUUGUGGGUUGCUACUGGGCUGAUGCCACUGGCAAGCGCUGGCUGCCCUCCAUCUGGAUCUGCGGCUUCAUGACCAUUGGCUCGAUAUGCAUGGCCGCCUGGAAUAUUCCCGAGGGCCUCAAGUUCUUCGCCUUUUAUGUUGCCGGACUUGGCGGUGCCCUGAACCCACUCUUCAUGUCUUGGGCGUCUGAGGUGACGUUCAAAUCUGCCGAAGAACGUGCUGUCGUCGUGUCGUCGAUGAAUGCAGUUGGUCAAGCGCUCCUGGCAGGCCUGAAUAUUGUCACGUUCCCUACACCUCAAGCCCCCAGAUUCAAAUUCGGCUGGUACUGGGUCAUGGUCAACAACAUCUUACAGUGCGCCCUGGUGCUUGGCAUUAUGGUGCUGCACAACCGAGAAAAAAGGUCCAUGGAGGUCCUUGAGGGGCAGGUGGAUGACUUGGAGCAGGUCAAGGUCACCAACGUUACCAAGGGCGACGAAGAGUCAACUUGA